GUUUUUUGAGACUCGCCAUAAGCAGUUAGGCCCUUCAACGAACACAACGACUAAGAAAAUGGCGGCGGUAGUAACUCAACCAGCUGAAGGCAAAGGUGCCCAAAUGCAAAUGAUUGCUCAGCCACCCCCGACUGUAAUGAUGCCACAAGGCUUACCCCCGGGUCUUGCAUAUCUUGGUGGUUUGCCUGAAAUUAGGAUUCAUCAGAUAUUUGACAUGCUUGAAGUUGUUGUUGGCUGGGAGAGAAACAACCGUUACUCCAUCUGCAACCCAGCAGAGCAGCAGUUCAUGUUUGCGAAGGAAGACACCGACUGCUGCAUGCGACAGAUGUGCGGACCGAUGCGAGAGUUCAACAUGAACAUCACUGACAACCAAGGCCAGCAACUUAUCUCCCUUUACCGCCCCUACCGAUGCCGCGGAAGUCUCCUCUGGUGCUGCUACCUGCAGGAGCUGGAGAUUCAGUCUCCCCCCGGCCUGACCAUUGGCACAGUCAAGGAGGUAUGGACCGCCUGGGUGCCCAAGUACCACGUGUACGACAACAACAUGACGUUAAUGUUCACCAUCGUCGGGGACUGCUGCUACUGCAAGUGCUGUGCCGAUGUCCUGUUCCGGGUUCUGGAGGGCGACGAAGGCCAGGAGGUGGGGCAGAUUGUGAAGCAUUGGGGAGGCUGUCGGGAGAUCUUUGGCGGCGUCAAUGACUUCAGUCUCCGAUUUCCCCCCAACAUGGACGUCUUGACCAAGUCCAUUCUACUGGGCGCCACCUUCCUCAUUGACUUCAACUACUUUGAACACCAAAAGAACUAGAUUUGAGGUUCCCAUGGGAACAGUUGCCAAGGCUUCAGAACAAGACCUCAAUAUUUUAUUUUGUAUAAAGACGUACAGUUUCAGUUGGUCAUGGCUUUCUAUCUCCGUCAAUGCACCGUGGCCACUUCAUUCAGGAUAGCAACAUGGAUUGCAAUAUGUAUAAUCUGGGUAUAACUUGUGUUUAAUUUUUCACGAAUAAUAACAGCUAAUAUUCUGUCUGAUAUUCUUUUCAUGCAACAGUGCUGGAAAUUAAACAUGAUUGUCAAAGGUUCUUUGCCAUAACCCUAAAGAUAGAAUUCAAGAUUUUGGAAAGCCUUCGUUCAAAUACUAAGAGAACAACCCAAGGCUCCAGGAGCCCUCUUGCACAAUGCGAUCUUAGCGCUAAGACUAUUGUAUGCCUAUGUUAAUGUAUGGGAGUUACAAUAGUCUUAGCGCAAAGAUCGUUUUGUGCAAGUGGGACCAGGAGCCCUCUUCGAACACUGUACAUGUUAUUUGACACGUUAUUGAUCCACGAUGAAAUUGAUGGACAUAUUGUAAUAAAGGUCUGAUGUUUUUCAGCUUGUAUAUGUAAACCUUAUAGUGCCUCAUAAGGUAGCUAGGUUUGUAUACUUCCCAGGGAGAUGAGAACGAAAUUUGAGUGCAAAAAUGUCCGUUAAUUAUUAUUUUUAUAUCUGGUAAAUAAUGAUAACCUAGAUGCAUGGUAGCAUCGUGUUUUAGUAUCACAGUUAGUUAUGUUCGCCUUAACGAGCCUUCGAACCAUCGGUCCAUUAGCCAGGAGAAAUGUCAUUUAUUAUCGGCUCCCUCUUAAUGAAAUUAUUGUGGAUAUUUUACAGCAUAAUUUUACAAUAUUUUAUAUGUUCAUAUUUUUAUUAUUACAUUUGGCAUAAUGUUUCUUGUCUUAAUCAGUUGUGUGACCUGUUCUUUGUAUCAUACUGAAUUUGUAUUUCAUGUUUUGUUGUGUUGUAUAUUUCUUCAAUGAACAUGUAUAUAAAGGGAUCGUCUGAUUGCUCCAUUGUUAAAGUAUUUUAGAUUGUUUUAGACAUGUCCUUUUACAGGGGGGGGUGUGUGUCUUGAAGUUCACCUUGCUUUAGUGGUACCUUGCCGAACAUAUCAGGGAUGUAUUUAGGAUUCCAAACCCAGUGCCGUAAAAGGUGACUAUGCUUGCCGUAAAAGGCGAAUAACGGGAUCGGGUUGUCAGGCUCGCGGACUUGGUUGAUGCAUGUCAUCGAUCCCUAUUGGUGGAUCGAUGCUCAUAAUCACUGGAUUGUCUGGUCCAGACUCGAUUUUUUACAGACUGCCGUCAUAUAGCUGAAAUAUUGCUGAGUGCGGCGUUAAACAACAAACCAACCAACCUAACCCAGUGCCUCUUGCAGGCAAAUUUGGAAAAAUAAUUGAUAAAUGUUCAAACCUGCAUUUUCAUUAUGUUCUUAUAAAUUGGGACAUUUUAAUUUUUAGCUUUUUUUUGCUGCAGAUGUAGGUUAAUCCCUGUGUUCAUUUGUUUGUAAUCAAGAUUGACAUUUAUUCCAUGUUCAGAUAGAUGUGGCAGACAUCUUAGAAACAUUGUGCAUAAUUGUUUUAAAUAACAUGUUUCAAUUUUUAUUGAACUUUGAACUUCUUCAUUUUCACCCUUUGUAGAAGAGAUGACAAUCAAUGAAGUCUUUUGUCCAGUUGCUUCUUACAGUAGUUUAAUUCACAGCUCAAUUCACUGCUCAAUUCCUUCUGAAGAAUGUGGUGUUGAUGCUCAA